AUGGACCCUGGAGCUCUGGGACUAAACGUAGUAUAUACACCAGACAACGGACAUAAAGCCGACAUAGUCUUCAUACAUGGGCUUGGUGGAAGUAGCCGUAUGACUUGGUCGAAACACAAAAGCCCUGGACUCUUCUGGCCUUUGACUUUCCUACCACUCGAGCCAGAUAUCUGCCUCGCGAGGAUUCUGAGCUUUGGCUACGAUGCGGAUUUCACGAACGGCAGCAAUGCCACCAACGUGAUACUGGACUUCGCCAAAACUCUACUGUACAAUCUCAAGUAUUACACGGAUGACAAGAGCGAAAAUCUGAACAUGGGUCAAGUACCUUUGCUGUUCGUAGUCCACAGCAUGGGCGGUCUAAUCGUCAAAGAGGUAACAUCACUCAUCAGUUGCACGUACCUUGCUCACACUUUCCAGGCCUACAUGCAGGGUCAAAACGAUCCAGAAUACGAAAACAUAGUGAAAGCCAUUUCAGCAAUCAUCUUCCUCUCGACCCCACAUCGUGGCACCAAUUUGGCCAACGUGCUCAACCGAAUAUUACAGUCGACUCCCGUAACAAAUUCCAAGCCUUUCAUUUCUGAGCUGACGCGGAAUUCGUCCACGUUACAGAAGCUGAAUGAACAGUUUCGUCACAUUGCACCAAAGCUAAAGAUCGUUUCCUUCUACGAGACACAGCCGACUUCGAUCGGGCCCAAGAGUGCGCGAGCGCGAGUGAUGGUGCUAGAAAGGGAUUCGUCGCUGCUCGGAUAUCCUGGAGAGACAUCCAACCCUCUGAACGCAGACCACCACGGUGUCUGCAAGUAUGAGAGCCCUCACGACCCGAACUAUAUCACAGUGAGGAACGUUCUCAAGUCACUCGUCAGCAAGUCAAUAUCGAAGAGUCAAUCUGGAAGCCAGAGCGCACCAAGAAGGAGACGAUCAAGGGAUCUCAAAGCCAUAUUAGCUAUCGCCGAGUUUCCCAACACUGACUACAUCUUCUUCCGGGACCAAUGGGUGCAGGGUACUAACCAAUGGAUUCAUGAAGAACAGCGCUUCUUGGAUUGGCUCAGUCCUCACAUAUCCUCUCAUCAGAUACUUUGGCUGAAGGGGGCCGCGGCACGAGGAAAGUCGGUCCUAAGUUCGUUUAUCAUCAACAGCCUGAUCGAGCGCGAUUUCUGCUGUCAGUACUUUUUCGUGCGGUUCGCAGAUAGAAGAAAGCGCACUCUGAGCUUUCUCCUACGUUCAAUCGCUUAUCAGAUUGCACAACAAUUACCUGAAUUUCUGCAAAAGAUAGCGGAGGUGGAAAGCGAAGCUGUCGACUUUGAGGCUGCAAACCCGAGGACGAUCUGGGAUCGGAUAUUCAGAUCCAUAUUGUUCAAGCUCGGUCCCGGGAAAACACUUCACUGGGUCAUCGAUGGCCUUGACGAAGCUGAUAAUCCCAAAGCCCUGAUAGACCUGCUCUCUGACAUUGCUGGUUCUGCGACACCUAUCCGGGUCCUUUUGGUCAGUCGCGACACUACAGAGAUAGCUGCUGGUCUGGAGCAUACACCAAACACAAUUUUCCAACAGACGAUCACCAUCGAGGGCCAUGUGGAUGACUUACGUUGCUACGUUGACCGAGAACUCAUCUUGCCUGGUAGCAAGGGCUUUAGGGAUGAUAUCAUUCAGCGUAUCUUGCACGAAGCGCAAGACAACUUUCUCUGGGUACGACUCGCUGUAGAAAAGAUCAACUCGUGUCAUACGCUCUCCGCCGUUGAGCAAGCUUUUCACGAAUUUCCCCGUGGAAUGGAAGCAAUCUAUGACCGGAUGGCUGUUACCAUCGCCGAGCACCAAUCAUCUGCUGACACCGCCCUAGCGUCAGCCGUUCUUCAGUGUGUCACAUGUGCGUUCCGCGCCCUCACAAUAGAGGAGCUCUUGCAGGCACUAGAAGGUGACACACAUGAGUUUCUAGACAUUCAAGAGUCCAUCAAGAACGUCUGUAGCGGCUUUGUGGUCAUUGACAAUGAUGGCAACGUCGCGAUGAUCCAUGAAACGGCUCGAGAGUAUCUGCUUGGCGCUGUCCGCCGACCUUUCCAAGUAGAUCGACGUCAGGCACAUGAGCAGUUGUUCUUAAGCUGCAUGCGAUAUCUCAUGUCUAGCGGCCUUCGAUCAGAGGUUACUCAUGAUAUACCGGACUUUGCAAGCUACAGCUCGAACUGGUGGUCAUCUCAUUUGGUAGCAGUGCCAGCCGGUAGUGAAGCCGUGGCUAGUGUUAUAAACAAAUUCCUGACAGGCCACUGUGUACUGACGUGGAUACAUAUCCUAGCAAGUGAACUUCGACUUCGCAUACUCAUUCAGGCGUCGAAAAAUCUGCUCGGCUAUGUCAACAAGAGGAAAUCUCAGCUUCCAGCCAAUAUCGGAAGAAGUGACGUAGUGGAACUGGAGCUGGCCGAAACCUGGGCAGUGGACUUUGUCAAAAUCAUUGGCAAGUUCGGCGCCAUCCUGCGACGCAACCCCCCUACAAUACACAAAACCAUUGCUUCUUUCUGUCCGCACAACUCAGCUAUCUAUCAGCAGUUUGGUAGAACAGAGCAAAGGAGUCUGAUGAUUUCCGGGAUUUCGACACAGACAUGGGACGACUCUCUCGCACGACUAUCAUUCGGGUUUGGUACCUAUGCCUCCUCUAUAUCGACUGCGGGAAAUUAUGUCGCUGUACUGGCCGCCUCGGGGAAAGCGUCUUUGUUCGACACCUCCCUCUUUGAGGAGACAGCAACGAGUCCCAUCAGACACGAUGAACGUACAUACAUGAUGAAACUGAACUCUUCCGGGACAUCGAUCGUCACAUACGGCUACAGGACUACAAAGAUCUGGGAAAUCUCCACUGGAGAAUGUGUAGCGACAGUACCGAACCCUGCAACACGAACGCGGCCACUUGUGAUCGCCUUUGUGAACAAUAACAGAACGUUGUUAGUUGGGUCGGACGAUAAGCAGCUACGUUCGCUUGAGAUCAACGAGCAAUCGCCGACUUGGAAUGUUGUCGCGAAUUUCGAGGAAGAGGAACUCAAAGGUCACUUCUUGAACGCCGCAAGCUACAUGGCACUUAGCGGUGACGGCAGUUUGAUCGCAAUUGCAUACCGUGGUCAUCCGUUAUCCGCUUGGGAAGUGGAAGGCCCUUAUCACAUUGGCCACUGCUGGCGUGCCCGGAAAGAAGUUGCAAGAGGCGAAGUCGCUGCAGCAGAGUGGCUCCCGCAUCCUCCGCAAGUCCUGGGAUUAUACAAUGACGGGGUAGUCUUUAGGUGGGAUCCAUAUGGAGGCGAGCCCGAAGAGAUCUUCACAGGCGCUUCAGUACUAACCGUUAGCGGAGACGGAAACCUAUUCGCAACGGGUGAUGUACGGGGUGCGAUCAAGAUAUAUACCACCAACACCUUUCACCUCAUUUACCAGCUUGCGUCUCAAGACGCCAUCCUCGGCUUGGCGUUCAGCGCUGAUCACAGACGUAUCUACGACGUGCGAGGCUACUACGGAAACACCUGGGAACCUGCAGCACUAGUGCGAUAUGCAGAGAGUGCAAUAAAAGGAACGGAUACUGAAGGCGAGUCGGAAAGCUCGUCGCAAGAGUCAAUAACGCCUGUCCAUACAUCCCGGAGGAUAGAUGCGAUCACCGUACUCGCGGCUUCGCCAAACGGUCAGUACUAUUGCUACGGUACUGAAAGUGGACGCGUAAUGCUAUGCAACACGAAAGAAGUCGAGGCGACAGAACUGCAUACCUCUAAAGGCUUUUUGAGCAUUGAGCAGGUGGCCUGGAGCUAUGAUGGCCGUUACAUAUGUUAUGCCGACUCGGGCAAGAAGAUUUUCGCCAUGGCUAUGAACAUGAAUGCGUCAGGCAGUGACGGCGUUGUGCACCAUCAAUUCGAAGUCUCACUCAAGACCCUCACGGACGGUUCUAUACAGCAGCUCCUGUUCCAGCCAGACUCGAGCCAUCUGUUCGUAGCUACAUCAGCCACGCUCUGCACAAUCUCACUCGAGUCAGCCUCGGUAGUGCGCUCAGUACCCGCGCCCGAACAUGACCACAAGUGGAUCGCACAUCCUCAAGACCCAGCGCUGAUCUUUGGCUUCGGUCAAAACUCAGUCGUGAUACUAUCAUGGGACUUGAACGAUCGUGCCACGUAUCGUAUCGAGAGAUCACUUGAGCCAGAUACCUCAGCCCUAUCAGAUCAAGAAGCUGCGGCAAGGACCGUGGAGCGCAUAUUGGUUACGUCGGACAAGCAACACAUCCUCGUUCAGAUGUCGCGAAGCAACAGGUCCAAGCUAAAAGAGUUCCUCUACUUCACGACGUCAUCCCUUUCAACAAGUGCGAGCGUCGAGACUCAACCAGACGUGGCCAGCGACCAUCGACACAUAGUGGUUCCCAUAUUCCUCCCAGAAGAAAUGGCUUCUCAAAUCGGCUUAGCACUGUCCUUCCUCAAACGCGAUCGAUUACUCUUCUUGUCACGGACUUUCUCUAUCUGUUCCUGGGAAAUUCUGUCGGACGCUAAACUCGCGCAACCAUCACAGGUCACGAAUCAACAAAACCAUGAGAGGAAAGGAUUCUCCGAGAUAUUCGCAUUGCCAGCAGACUGGGUUAGUAAAGACUGUCUCGAGUUAUGUAUGAUUUGGCUUCAAGAAAGAUCUCUUUUGUGCCCGCGGAAUGGAGAGGUCGCAGUGGUGAGAUGCUCAAGCUUCAUUUGA